AUGAACAAUGAUGCACCUACACUCCAAGAGAUAAUCCAACUAACCCGUCAGGAACUUGUUACCCCGCAAAAGUCUGACCCCAUCCGCGAAUGUGGACGUGCUGCACUCGCACUUCUUCCCGAGGAUCCUGAGCUCGGCUUGAAGCUUGCGUAUCAGAAACUGCACGAUGUUCCUUACAAAGAAGUGAAGACUUGUUGGCGGAGAUUGUAUACAGACGCGACUCUAUGGAAGGUGCUAAAGCGGGUAGAUGGCAGAACAGAGGAACAGCGACAAGGCACGACAGAGAGCGACUGGAUUGAUGAGGUUGUGAAAUCGUUAGAUAUGGCCCUCAUACUUGCUGGUGCACCUUCCAGAGAAGAGCUGGUGGAACUAUGGUUUGCAGCAUUGAGAGCUGAUUUGGAUCGGGUGUACCCAACCAACGGCAUAAGCUCGGAACGCCCCUCAAAGCGACAAAAGCUAUCCUUGUCCUGUCAAUCCUCGCCAAUCCCAGAAAGGUUUCCUGUAGAGCUUCCCAAUCCGGAACCAGUCCUGUCACAUCCUUUGCAACGAACGAAAGAACUCAGUCUGGAAGCUUUUCAAAGGAAAGUUGGCUCGACGGAAACCCACACACCGUGCAUAAUCAAGGAUGCAAUACAACAUUGGCCUGCACUCAGCGAGCGACCAUGGGCGAAUCCAGACUAUCUUCUGAGACAGACUCUCGGUGGAAGAAGACUAAUCCCAGUCGAGGUAGGAAAAAGCUACACCGCCGAAGGCUGGGGUCAACGCAUCAUUACCUUCCGUGAAUUCAUGGAAACCUACAUGCUCCACAAUCCAAACAACCCCCUCCAUCCACCACAAGACUCAACCGCAAACUCAGUCGGCUACCUCGCCCAACACGACCUCUUCGCCCAAAUCCCCUCCUUACGCCUCGACAUCACCAUCCCAGACUACUGCUACACCGACCCCGCCCCAUCCCCCCACCUCACCCACAUCAAGCCCGUGCCUAAACUAGAAGAACCCCUGCUAAACGCUUGGUUUGGACCCGCCGGUACCGUAUCUCCUUUACACACAGACCCUUACCACAAUAUCCUCGCGCAGGUCGUAGGAUACAAGUACGUACGCCUCUACGCUCCGAGCGAAACGCAGCGUCUGUACCCGAGGAGCGUGGAUGAGUGUGGGGUGGAUAUGAGUAAUACGAGUGAGAUUGAUCUGGAUGAGGCGAUGGAGGUUUUUCCCAGGUUAUCUUGGUUUGAGAAGCCUGUGAUGGGGGUCGCGCUGGAUGAUGAAGAGAAAAAGAAAAAGUUCCGACAACGUUUUCCCGGAUUUCAAGAUGCGGUGUUUGUAGAGGGGAUACUGGGGCCGGGCGAGUGCUUGUAUCUUCCUGUGGGGUGGUGGCAUUAUGUGAGGAGUCUUACGCCAAGUUUUAGUGUGAGUUUUUGGUUUAACUAG